AGUUUCUAAAUCGCUGACGAGUGGGUGGGAUUUAGGUUCCGUCGAGGUCCGCGGGGACCUGUUGUGUUUUGUUUAGAAGAAUCUGAAAGAAAGGACUUUAGAAGGGCCGAUGACGCUCCUGUUUCCCCUCCUUAUUGUAUUUACGGUGAAGCACAGCGCUGCCCGGACUCACUCUCUGAGAUAUUUCCGCCUGGGCAUUUCAGAUCCUGGCCAUGGGAUCCCUGAAUUUAUUUCAGUGGGAUAUGUGGAUUCUCAUCCCAUCACCACAUACGACAGUGUCUCUCAGCUAAAGGAGCCUCGGGCACCGUGGAUGGCGGAGCACCUCGAGCCUGAUCACUAGAGAUACACGCAGCUGCUGCGGGGCUGGCAGCAGACGUUCAUGGUGGAACUGGAGCGCCUGCAGCGUUACUCCAAUCACUCAGGGUUUCACACUUACUAGAGGAUGAUUGGCUGUGAGAUGCUGGAGGAUGGAAGCACCACGGGAUUUCUGCAGUAUGCAUAUGAUGGGCAGGAUUUCAUUAUCUUUGAUAAAGACACGCUUUCCUGGACAGCUGUAGAUAAUGUGGCUCACAUCAUCAAGAGGACGUGGGAGGCCAAUUGGCAUGAGUUACAAUAUCAGAAGAAUUGGCUGGAAGAAGAAUGUAUCGCCUCGUUAAAGAGAUUCCUGGAGUAUGGGAAAGAUACUCUACAAAGAACAGAGCCCCCACUGGUCAGAGUAAAUCGCAAAGAAACUUUUCCAGGGAUUACAACUCUUUUCUGCAGAGCUCAUGGCUUUUACCCCCCAGAAAUUUCCAUGAUCUAGAUGAAAAAUGGGGAAGAAAUGAUCCAAGAAAUGGAUUAUGGAGACAUUCUUCCCAGUGGGGAUGGGACAUAUCAGACAUGGGUAUCAGUGGAGCUGGAUCCUCAGGACAGUGACCUUUACUCCUGUCAUGUGGAGCACUGUGACGUCCAAAUGGUUCUUCAGGUCCCUCAGGAAUCAGAAACAAUCCCUCUGGUAAUAAAAGCUGUCUCUGGGUCCAUUGUCCUCACCACUGCCCUGGCUGGAGUUGGCCUCCUGGUCUGGAGAAAGAGGCCCCAAGAGAGCAAUGAAGUCAUCUACCUUCCUGCACCAGAUCAAUGAUUGGGGAUAGCUUUUUUCCAGCUGUCUUUCCCCUGGGAAUCAUAGUCGCCUCUGGCCCCUAUGGACUCAAGUCCAGUGCUCAAAGCUUUUGACAACACCCACACAGAUAUGGAUAUUACAGGAUUGAACACUUAUGGCAGAAAGAUAGGAACCAUAAAGUUUUCUUUGUUCUUUGGCUCCAAAAAAACUGUCAGCUUUCAAGCUCUUUGAUGGACUCCUUUGUCACAUUUGGCUCUAAAUAUAGCCUGUCUCAUGACACAACACUACCCUACAUCCCAUCUGUCAACAAUGAUUUAUAAGUAAAUUAUAGAAUCUCAGACCUGGAAGAAAUCUUCCAUUCGAGGGCUGGAAAUGUCUUCUCCAGUGCCUUUGACUUGAGCAUCCAUCCUCCACUUGUAUACCACCGGUGAAGGGCACCUCAUGUCAUAAAGUGGCUUUUUUCUUCCAUCCUGAGAAUAUAUUAUGCAAGACCUUUGAAUCAUGGCUGCCAUGACUGUGACCCUAAAGACAACGUUGGACCACCUUAUGAAAGCAGCCACCGAGUUUCUACAAUGACCUGUGAAUAGCGGAUCAUUUUAUAUAUUUCCUGGCCUGAGAGAAAGCAAAGUGUCCCGUUCUUUUGGCAUCUCUGCCUGGUAGCUUGGAAUCUUAGAAAUAUGCCUGGUUGGAUCUGUGGAAGUGAUCUCAUUCUUUCUGUUUUUUUUGUGGAAGAGUAAGAACAUUAAUUAUCAGACAUAUCUUCACCUUCAGUGGAACUACAAAGACCUAGACCCAAGUCCAAUCUUUUAAUAUAAAAAUGAUAGUAUGUUUAUCAGAAUAGGGUUCCACUUUAAUUCCUGUCCUUCCUCUACUGGCUCAUUGUAGAUGGGCCUGACUCACCUUUAUACAUAUACUCAUUCUCCAUGUUUAUUCCCUAUGCACUGAGAGUAAGUAAAAGCCCCACUGUGAGAAUCAACACCCCCUUGAUCUGCCUUACUACACCCCUAAAAUCUUGACUAUCAUUUACCUCUUGUUCAUCUGUCAUCUUUGAUUCUCAGAAGGUCAUAUUCUACAAAGGGGAGAUGCUGAUGUUUUUCAGUAAGUUAAAUAUGAGUUCAGACCUCAGGACCCUGGACUCGCCUCGAUAUAAGAUUUCUGAAAACACUCAGACCAUGGGGAACCCAUAUUGUGGCUCCAGGGGAACUCGCCAAGGCUUUCACCGUGGCCUCCUUCCCCAACAAGUUUUUUUCUUGCUUCCCCACAGUUGGCUUGGCCAUGUAAAAGGAACACCAGAUAUGGCCACUUAGAAGAGCAAGUGAAGAUAUUACACCAUAUGUUAUUAAAUGUCUCUUUGUUGUAAAUCUUGUUUGAUCACAACACACAGCUCUGCCCAUUUAUUCUGUAUGAACCAACUGAGGAUAUGAGUAGGGCCACAGCUAACACAUAUGGGACAUUUGUUCAAAUUGGAGGAUUAUUUCUCCUUUUUGUGGACACUGACCCAGGCUGGGUGACAUGACUUAGUCAGCAAAACAUAGAAUGGAUUUCUGCCUUAUUUGCCCCCUUAGUGUCAGGGCACAACAUUACAUGGCAGCUCUGGUUAUACCAUUAGAAAAUAGAUGGAAAUUGGCUAUAGACUAAAAUGAAUGUAUUGAUUUGGAAGGGAUGGGUGGUAGUGGGGAAAAAACCAGGUCAACUUAUUCAAAACAGUAGAAUCGGAAGCCCUGUUUGUCUAUUCAGAGAGCUAAAAUUAUCUGAAAGGUUUUACAUAAUCCUAUCAUGGAGUUUAUUUAUGGCAAUCUAUUUUUAAAUUUUUGUCAUAUUACACAGUCUGUUUGCACAAUGCCUUGUAUGUAGUAGGAACCCAGUAAAUACUUCUUGAAUGAACCAGUACAGUAUUUUAAUUAGCUAGUCCUCACGUACUGGUGCAAAAGAACAGUGUCAUCUUACAGCUGAAAUCAUAGAGGGGAAAUAUCCCACUCAGGGUCAUAUGACAUUCCAGAGCCCAAGAUGUAUGCCCUAAGGACUACUAUGAAUUCUUCAAAGUUUCUACAGCAUUCACAUUAUUUAAUACUUUAUCUUGUCAUCGCCUUGUCUGUGAAAUUAGGGAUCCCAAACAUUCUAACCACACUCUUCCCCCGCACGCAUAUUAGGAAUAAGGGCAAAAUUCAAAGGUUUUUACAUGAAGCACCAUUUUUCUUAAAGGCUAUGAGAAGAGGGCUGAGAAAUGAGUUUUCAGUCAUCUUGAGGGCCCAAAAUCUGAUACCUAAUAGAUAUCUUUUUAUUCUUAAGGACUGUAGAGCUAUUAUAUAAUCUGGAUUUUUUUUUUUUCUAUUGUCAUUUGGGUCUUUAGUUCAUUAAAGUUCGUGAAAUACAAAUUUCAUCAGUUCUUAUCAAUAACUUCUCCCCCUUCUUCCCUGAAUUCAGUGAGCCCAUUAGGCAGGAA